AUGCUACGAGCAAUAAUAUUAACGUUACUCGUGAUAUCUACGUUGACGAGCGGAAGCCCCGUGAAAAGUAAACGCAAUGGUUUACGAAAAUUUCCCGAUACUUUCCGUUUUGGAACUGCGACAGCAUCUUACCAAGUUGAAGGCGCUUGGAAUGUUGACGGAAAGACUGAAAACAUUUGGGAUCGUCUGAGUCACACAAAACCCCGAGAAGGCGGCGAAAUCGGUAUUGUUAUGAGUGCUGGUUGGAUCGAACCGGAAUCGGAGGAGCAUGCUGAAGCAGCUAACGACGCUUUACAAUUUGACUUAGGCCAAUACGCUCAUCCAAUAUUUUCCGAAAAUGGCGACUGGCCGCAAGUAAUGAAGGACUACAUCUCAGCCAAAAGUGCAGCGCAAGGAUUCUACAGAUCACGGCUGCCACAGUUUACUGCAGAAGAAGUAGCUUUAAUAAAAGGCUCCUCCGACUUCUUUGGACUUAAUCAUUACACGACAACAAUAGCAUAUAGGAACGAAUCUUUGGAUGGUCUACAUCCUUCUCCUUCUUAUCCCGAUGAUAUGAACACUGGUCAAUAUCAGCCCUCUAAUUGGGUUGGGUCGUAUCCUGGUACUACGUGGUUAAAGGUAGUACCUUGGGGUUUCCGUAAACUUUUAAACAAAAUCAGGGAGGAGUACGGUAAUCCCCCCGUUUAUAUAACUGAAAAUGGCUGUGCAACUGGAGUUGGCUUGAUGGACGAUAACAGAGUGGCGUAUUAUAAAGCGUACUUAGCUUCUAUGAUGGACGCAAUGGACGAAGGAUGCGAUGUACAGCUUUACACUGCCUGGAGUCUCAUGGAUAAUUUCGAGUGGUAUUUUGGAUAUGAUGAUCGUUUUGGCCUGUAUGAAGUGGACUAUAAUGUCGAAGAGCGUACCCGUACUCCACGCAAGUCUGCCUACUUUUACAAAGAAUUGCUUCGCACGCGCACUCUCGACCCUAGCUACGAACCAGACAUGUCGAUCCCUAUGGAAAUCGACAUUGGCCAUUAA